AAAACUAGUAUUAUUUGUUGCGACGUGUGGUAGCCCUGUCUAGUGACUAGAAAAAAUCAGUGUUGUUAUUGUUGCUGAAUAAAUUAAAAAGUGUUGCAAAAUUCGUACAAUUGGUGAUUUCGGGUCAAGCAGAAAUGUCCAAAGCUAAAAUAAUCGAAUUGGACGAGACGAACACUUGCGAAUUUUGUUGCAAUGCUUUGGCCAAGUAUACGUGCCCCAAAUGCCAGUCAAAAUACUGCACAUUGGUGUGCUACCAAUCGGAGAAGCAUUUGCAGUGUUCUGAGGAGUUUUACAAGGAUUGUAUAGUUAAGGAAUUAGCACAGGAGGACAAUGAAGAAGCCAAGAAAAAAAUGUUGGAGAUUUUGAAACGAAGUCAUUUGGAGGAAGAGGAGUUGGAUUCGGACGAUGAUGACUUUGCUGAUAUUGCAGAUAGACUGGCAGGGGUUGAUUUGGAUGACGCUGAUCAAGUAUGGGAAAAAUUGACCAAAGAUGAGCAACAGGAAUUUGUCGCAUUUCUAAAGUCCGAGGAUGUGACAAAAUUAAUCCCAUCGUGGGAACCUUGGUGGUCCCAUAAAUCCCCAAAUGUGGAAGAAAUCGAGUCUUGCCAACUGUACAAAUCUGAAUGUCCCCAGUUGAUAAAAAUUCGUGAUUUUCGAGAAAUUUCGAAAAAAAAUCCGGCCGAUUGCGUCAAAUAUAAUUUGAUCAACGUCCUGGCAGCGUACGCUUUUGCCACUCGUUACUUCAAUGGUGAACAUCACGACUUCGCCAAGGAGGUGAUUAGCUGUGUUGUUACAAUUUCUCUCACGUUGAAAAACAAUCAGAAUUUCGACGACUACGAAAGCGCGGUCAAAUCGGUCGAAUAUGAGUCGAUAAUGAGUGAUUGGAUUGUGGCCGAUGGCGAAAACUUUAAAUUAUUACGAGACGAUUUGGAUAAAAUUCUCGAAGGUCCAAAUGCAACGGAACGAAAUUUUUACGUAUUGUGUGCCCUUUCGGACUUGCAUCGACUACUCAACACGGCCAGUGUGAAAAAAACGGAAAAGAAAUCAUCGUUUAGUAAGAAUUUCCCGAAUGAUUGUUUCCCAGAGGUGAAACUAGAAUCGAAAAAUAAAAUUAAAACUUGUCUCAGAAAAAUCGAUUAUUUAUUAUCAUUUGCCAAAGAUUUUGCGUUGUGAUUGAAUUAUUUCUUAAUAAUUUGUGGUUUAAAAUCGGGCUGAACGACUUUAGCCAAGAGUUCGGCAUACAUAUCCAAUCUUUGCGUCAUCUGUAAUGAUUUUGUUAAAAAAUUGAAACAAACCGUGGUUUUAUUUAUUACCUGGAAACUCCAAUGGUCCCUAACUUGCCGACACAGAUUCAAGUCCAGUUCGGCUAUCAAUAACCCGGUUUUGUCCCGAGAUAAUCCCUACAAUUAACUGUGAACAACUAUUUUUUAAAUUAAAUAAUUACUUGUGAUCUUGAGCCAUCGGGGGCGGCUAUGUAACUUGAGCCAUAGAAAUGUCCGAACUCUUUAUGGGCGGGUUUGCCAUCACCGGAAGUGAAUUCAGUUUCGAAAAUCUCAGUGCCAACGCGAUUAAUAGCACACGUGAAGUAGCUAUUGGCAAUGGCCGCAUUUCGGGCCUCGAUGCCCCACAAAGGCUCGCUUAAGUUACCAACAGUUGCCGACGGAUUGAAGACGAUUUCGGCACCAUUUAGGCCAAACAUUAACCAAUUGAGCGGGUGGUGGCGCCCGUAACAGAUAUUUAUAGCGAUUUUGCCAAAUUCCGUCUAAAAUAUUUCUUUAAUGAAACACUCUGUAUAAACCUAACAAUUGGGGAAAUAUAGUCUAAGUCACGCCCAACAAAGCUGCGAAAGCAAUUUUGCGUUUUCUUUACAAAUAAGGGCACAAUUGACUUUUCCCAGAAAAAGUGGCCACCCGGUAUGCACAACUUCACCUGGAAAACAGGGUGCCCGGUAUUUCCCUCAAAAUAGUAAGUCGAUUCGUUAAAAUCCCCAACCCUGGGUAUGUGAUUUUUGCGGUGUUUCCCCAAAAAAUCGCCAUAAUUGUCAAUAACAACGGCCGUGUUCCAAAUCGUUUGGCCAUGCACUUCGUCACGUUCCAAAAUUGGAGAAAUUACAACCAUGUUGUAACGUUUCGCCAACUAAAACAAUCGCUUUAUUGUGUGCCCUGACCUGGCCUAAUAUUUUACUUGUUGCAAAAAAAUCGUAGUAGGCCCGAACUCGGCCACCUCUGCGUAUUCGCACCACGGUUGUUUUUCGCGCGUGCAGAACGCAAACGGCAUAUCUUUGAAAAAAUAAAAGACAGUCGAGGGAAUAUUUUGUUUCGGACUUACUCCAAGCCUCCUGGAAACAAAAUAUAUUGACUCCUCCUUUCGCAGCCGUCUCGAUUGCGUUUUGGGCCAAUUUGUAAAGCCCGUCUCGCAUCUCCUUGAUGGGAGUGUUGGGAGGAAGGGGUAGUUUGUGUUGGAAAAUGCCAACACGGACGAUUUUCGGUGGUCUUAGCUGUUCAGGUGAGGCCUCGAAGCGACAAGAGACCAGCUCAAGGUCAUAAUCGUUUGCUUUUGUUUCGGCAUCCGAUAAAUCGAGUUUGCUGUAGUUUGUUUUAAUUUUGGUCGUUCUGAUUGGACGCUUACCUUGUCGGUUUGCCGUAUAGCACGUUUCGGAUGUUUUGGUAAUCAUCAGGGGGGAGUUUCGAUAGGAUUUUUUCAAUGCUGGUGAAGUGUUGUUGAGAAGACAUGUUGAAA